GCCUGGGCAUUUGCAUGGGCUGAAGGCAAAGCGGCUUCAUCAGUGACAGUCAGUUUUUAUUUUUAGCUGGCCGCUCAGCUCGCCUUGCAGGGGGGCGGGGAAGGAAGGAGGCUGGCUCCCAGCGGGGCGGCAGGACUGGGACACUAGCGGAGAGGUUACCGCAGGCGAGCAGCAGCCAGCCGGGCUGCAAGCUGCUCCGAGGCAGGGAGCAGCGGCCUCGAGCUCCCCUAGCUAGAGGAUCUGCCUGGGGGGGUCACUCGGCUCUUCCGUGCGAGCCUCCUGCAGCGGAGGCACCGGCAAGGCUUUGCAAAUGGCCAGUCCUCGGCUAGAGCUGGAAGAAAUUCAGCCUCUGCAGCAGGACGCUGCCCGUCCGGAGCCAGCCUUCGCCGAGGCGCGGCACUGGAUCGAGCAAGUCACAGGCAGAAGUUUUGGUGACAAAGAUUUUCGGUCUGGAUUAGAAAAUGGUAUUCUGCUGUGUGAGUUGCUGAAUGCAAUAAAGCCUGGACUGGUAAAAAAGAUAAAUAGACUGUCGACCCCUAUUGCAGGGUUGGACAACACCAUCUUAUUCUUAAGAGGCUGCAAAGAGCUGGGGCUUAAAGAAUCUCAACUUUUUGACCCGGGUGACCUUCAGGACACAUCAAACAGAAUAACAGUCAAGAACAUUGACAACAGUAGAAAGCUGAAAAAUGUACUAAUUACCAUUUAUUGGCUGGGGAAAGCAGCAAACAGAUGCACUUCAUACAGUGGAGCAACACUGAACCUGAAGGAGUUUGAAGGAUUGCUGGCACAGAUGAGAAAGGAAACAGAAGAUAUUGAGAGCCCCAAACGCAACAUUCGUGACAGUGGUUAUAUUGAUUGCUGGGACUCUGAACGCAGUGAUUCCCUUUCCCCCCCUCGCCACGGCAGAGAUGAUUCCUUUGACAGUUUGGAUUCAUUUGGUUCCCGCUCACAGCAGACACCGUCUCCAGAUGUAGUACUCAGAGGAAGCAGCGAUGGGAGAGGGAGUGACUCUGAGUCUGACUUGCCACACCGAAAGAUGCCAGAUGUGAAAAAAGAUGAUAUGUCUGCAAGGCGGGCGUCGUAUGGCGAACCUAAAUCAGUUGUGCCUUUUAACCAGUAUCUCCCGAAUAAGAGUAACCAGACUGCCUAUAUACCAGCUCCUCUUCGGAAAAAGAAAGCUGAACGAGAAGAGUACCGGAAGAGCUGGAGUACUGCUACUUCACCACUCGGAGGAGAGAAGCCUUUCAGCAAAAACCAUCCUGAAACCAUAGAAGAAGAACAAAAUGAGGCACCAAGACAACAUGAAGAGGAGCAGGUGGGAUGCAUGGCUUCCAGGACAAACCCCUGUAAAAGUCAAGUAGAUUUGAAUCAAAACAAAGGAAAGACAAUAGGUCAGUUUCCUUCAGGUAGUGCCAAAGAAACUGCAGUGCACAAGUGCAAAGAGAAAGAUGCAGAGGAAAUCAGAAAGUUACGAAGGCUUGAACAAGCUGGUAUUAAGGUCAUGCCAGCAGCACAACGCUAUGGCAGUCAAAAGCAAAUAUAUGAAGAUAGUGAACCUACCCCAGAUAUCAUUCUUCACAAGGAGAAACCCUCUAUGAUGCAUUGUCAAGGGAAGGAUUCUGGAUCAGAAGAUGAAGCAGUGUGCAGAGUUCCUGAUCUAGAAAAGGAUGACUUUGCAGCCCGGAGAGCAAGACUUAAUCAGCCCAAACUUACAGUGUCAUUUAACCAGUUUUUAGUUGGGCCCUGUACAAAUAAAGAUAAAGGUAAACUGGAAGGUGCUAAAAAGCCAUUACAGAAGGAAAAACAGGAAUAUGCCAGAGCAAACCAGGUACAUAUGGCAUCAGCGAGGCAAAUUGUGACACGUAAAGAAAACCCAUUCCUGCAGUCUCAGGAUAUCGAGUCGGAGGAGGAAGAGCAGGUGAAAGUACCUGAUAUUCAAAGAGAUGACCUGGCUAAACGAAAGACUCAAAGUAACCUUAACCAGCAACAAGAGUCUCCAGUAUUUGUGAAAGCUUCUAUAACGCAAGCAGAUUUGGAGACGUGGGACAGACUGAAAGUGUCCGAGGAGCUCAGCGAAGAAGACCUCAAAUGCUCCAAGGAUCCUGAACCAUCCGCUGAAAUUGCAGUGGAAGCAGCCAUUCAUGAUGAUUUUGCUAGCUGUAAAGCAAGAGCGUACAAAAAGGCUUCUAGCCCCAAGCAGAAGUUUGUGCACUUUGGGCCAGUGACUGAGAUUGAUCAACAGAAAUGGGAGAAGCUUAGUAUUGCCAGGGCCACAUCCAAUAGUGAAACCACAGAGGAGACUGGGAGGGAAAGUGCUGAGAGACAGAUUUGCCAUGAAACCUUUACAUCUGCCACUGCCUGCAGCCUCACUACCAUUGGACAUAAUAAUGAAGUCUCCAGGCCACAAAAUGAUUCCAGUGAGGUAGCACGGUCAGAUACAGAUGAAUAUUGCCAAGGAAUCCAGUUGGCUGCCUGUGUUGUCUCUCAGAACCAAACUCCAUGCAGAUUGAGUGAAUGGCAUGAAAGUAGGGAGGAAGAGCUUGAUGGGAGUUCACCAAACAGUGAGAGAGAUGAUAUGAUGGCUAGAAGGAUGGGAACCUUUCAGAGGCAGACUAGCCCGGUUUGUAUGCCAUAUUCUCCCAUGUCAGUUGCCCAUCAUCCUCUGCAGCAACAGAAAGGAGUAAUUCAUAAGAGAGACUUGAAGACUCCACAGAAAGCAGAAAGCAGUUUGCCCUUGAAUUGCACAAUGGAACAACAUCAUGGAACAGUUUCAUCUGUCUCCGUGGGCUGUAAUGUGACAAGGGACGAGAGCCAUGAGAAACUGAAAGAUCAUGACCAGCCUAGGGGUGGGGCAAAACACCAAGUGAGAAUUCCAGAUCCAAGAGAUGACAUGAUGGCAAGAAGAACUGGAGCUUUUCUAAAGCAGCCUGGACCAAGUGUUAAACAGUUCCUUCCAGUUCCUUUUUCAAAGCAGCAGAGUAGCCAGGAGAGAACUAAGAAACUUGUAAAGCCUGAAAAGAAAGUGAAGAGCAUCAUCACCACUGGCUCAUUCAUCCCUGAAAAAUGUCCACAAAUCUGUGCUAACAGUCCUCAGAGACUGGCAGUGCAGCCUCAACACAGAGAAGAAAAAGAACAAGAAAGACAACAUCUCCCUGAUACAGGACAAGAUGUGGCUUCCACUGUUCACAUGAAUAGUCAGAGUCUUGAUCAAAUUCACUCAGAUCAAACUUCACAGCUUCAGGAAGUUCCUGAGAGAAACAAAGUGUUGUCAUCCAGAGACGAACACCUGCAAACAUUCGGCCCCAGAACUGCUGUGUCUGAUGACGCAGAGAGUGUGAGUAUGUUUGACAUGAGGUGUGAAGAUGAAGCUGUGAUGCAGCCUCACAGCAAGGCUCGCCAUGAAAAACUACAGCAUAUUCACAACCAACUGAAAGAGGAUGAGGAUAGAUGGCAAGAUGAUCUGGCACGGUGGAAAAGUCGGAGAAGAAGCGCUUCACAGGACCUAAUUAAAAAAGAAGCCGAGAGAAAGAAGAUGGAAAGAUUAUUGAGUGGCGGUGAUGGAAUAAGUGAGCGAAGGAAAAGUAUCAAGACUUACAGAGAAAUUGUGGAGGAGAAAGAGAGAAGAGAAAAGGAGCUGUAUGAAGCCUACAAGAAUGCCAGGUCACAUGAGGAGGCGGAGAGCAUUCUCCAACAAUACAUUGAAAGGUUCACCAUUAGCGAAGCUGUCCUUGAACGUUUGGAGAUGCCAAAAAUUCUGGAAAGAAGCCAUUCAGUGGAGCCAAAUUCAUCAUCGCCACCGAAGGACCCAAAUCCUAUGAGAUACUUACGGCAACAAUCGCUGCCUCCUCCAAAAUACACUGCCACGAUUGAAGCAACCAUUGUUCCUAUCAAUGAAUCAGAAGCCACUGUUUCAACAGGCCAAACAUCUCCAAGCAAAACUGUUGUCUCCAAGGCUGUGCCUAUGCUGACACCCAAGCCUUAUGCACAACCCAAAAACACGCAGCAGGUCUUGAAAACAUUUAAGGUAGAUGGAAAAGUCAGCAUGAAUGGCGAAACUUUCAAUGGACUUGAAGAGAAGGAUAAAGAAUGUACAACAGUGAUAUUUGCUCCUUUACUAAGAAGAUCUCCAAAGUUUGAAGGGGUGGCCAGAGCGGAUGGAUACCCGAUGGAACUGAAGCAGGACACCACUAGCAUUGAGCUCAGUUUAAAGAGGCCUGCCACUCACACUGUGCACAGAGAGCUGACAAUUUGCUGAAAAAGAGUCGAGGGGGAGAGAGCAGACCUUUAGAAUUUCUUAUGGCCAGUGAAGCUAAUAGAUGAAAGGGAAGGGAUCUAUAGAGAAUUACCAAAAUGGCCUCCAAGAUAAAAAUUCACUCCUAAAUAAUGACACGAUACAUUAUAAUCCAUUACCACAUAGAAACAAAUGAAAAUAAAAUAUUAUAAGAGCAGAAUCUACUAGCUUCACAAUUCUUAAGGUUGAGGAAACUCUUCUGAGAGGAGAAUCUAUUUUCAGGGACUACUAACAUCAUGAAAAAACUUUCUUCGGGUCUGAAACUUGAUUUAAAAGAUUUAAUUCUGCUAUUGUUGGCUUUUUAUAUAGUUUUAACGAUUUGAUUUAGCAGUUUAUGAAUCAGAAGGUUUACAAAAAUUGGCAAUUUCUGUUUUUGUUUUUUUGCCUGGUCAGUUCCAAUAACUAAAACUUUUGAGAUGCUAUUACCAGGUUUUAAUUAAAUCAAUUUUCUUAUUGUCCAGAAAAAUGCACUUUUAAAAUAAUUGCUUGUCUACUACACUUUAUAGAGAUGGAAGAAAUUAGAAAGAAAAUAAUAAAAACUAACACUUGCAUGAGCAUGACAGGUCUGUUCCUAGGACCUUAGCUCAUGGAGUCAUAUGAUCACAUCAGAAUCUCAUCUUUCAUAUGACUCCUCUUUCCUCCCCCUCCCCCACCAUCCUCUUGGUCAUGGAGAAAGUUUGAAAACAUGAACCAAGUGUAAUUCAAUGCAGUGAUGUCUGCCUGAGUCUGCAGACAGCCUGAAAUAAUAGCCCCUAAAAGGGGUGAACUGCCCCAUGCAUCUCAGUAGGAUGAGGUAGCCUCCCACAUCGCAAAAUAGGAUGAGGUAGCCUCCCACAUCACGCCAGAAAAGGACUGUGGGAGAGUGGCCAGAGAAGAGUCUAAUAUGCUUAGCUCAUGCACCAAAGAGACAUUGCAGCUGAUGAGCUAAGUACUGAGUGUUAUCCCCCUCCACCUGUCCCCCGCACAUGUACUUUGCACUGUCUUCUCAUGAGAAAGAAGAGUCUUCUGCUGCUCCUGAAGGAAGGGGGGUAUCCCUGCUGGUCUUCCUGGGGGGGGGGGGGGAAAGAGGGUCCCAUGCUGCAGUCUCUACCACCAACACGUCAAGUAGAGGGCAGGGAUGGAGCCACAUGGGACCCCAUGUCAUAUUCCUAGCGCAUAGAUUGCCUUAAUGUGGUCUGAUUGACACUACCUGGCUGACUUACAGUGAACACUAGCAAAAGGAGCUACUAGAUGUUUCUGACAGCACAACUUGUGUGUAUGUAGAGGGAAGUGGCACAGGGAAUAGGAUGGGAAGUCAAAAUGGUGUUAAUAGGGAUUGUCAAGAUUUAUAUUUAAAAUGAGUAUAAAGCACAGCUGAAGCACAGGUGUUUUCAUGGUAGAGAAGACUACGGCCUGGAUUUCUGUGAUAAAGUAGUAACAAAGCAUGGAUCUGCAAGUAUGUGUAGGCUCAAGGUUUUGUAAGACUCCUUUCUAACUAACUAAUGGUGGUUCUGGAAUGCCAAGGCAGCAGUUCACCCACUUCUACUCCUUGUAGAAGAUGACUGGUGUGGUAUAUAGUUCCCAAAAAUAAGGGGAGCCACUUUCUGUGUGCCUGAUUCAGCACAAUAUGUACUUAGUUUCUGCACUCUCAAAAUGAAUUGUGGUCCCCUUAUUUGAUGUCUGGCCCUAAUGCACAUUGAAAUACGGGAGGAAAGAGAGGCAGAAAAGUAGGCAAGAGGAGGUGGUAGACUGGGGAAAGAAAGAGUUCUCUGGAUUUUUCCUGGGAAAAAUUUUCAAGUAUAUAAAAUCAAGCAUAUUUUUUAAGCAUUGAAAUUAUUCUAUUCUCUUGCCUUCCACUGCUUUUCUUGUUUCUUGUUUUGUUUUUGUUUUUACUUUCAGUUGAGUGAUUUAGGGCUUUUGGUCUAUUUCUGCCACUUCCCAAGCUUUGAAUAAGGAAGCAUUUUUUUCUGGAGGCAGCACUUCUAUCUGCCAACAAUAGGUGCUGUUUCUAAUGGGAUGGGUUUUCUCUCAGCUUCUUACUCUCCCAAGGUCCUUGUUUGCUUUUCUCUCAAUUGUCAGUUUCAGUCACCUCCUCUGCUUGUGUUUUUUGUUAUGUUCCAUGUUAUCUUUGGCCUCUCUCCCCUUUUCCCUUCUUCUUAUUGCCCCCCUGGUGUUUGUGUUCACUUGUCAAAUAGACUAGUCCUGUCUUCAAUUUGCCUAGAAUGUUUUCCUUUGAUGCACCGUAGUGUUGUGCUAAAGCAUAUCAGGUGGCUAAAGGCAUCAUUUACAAUAGAGGAAAAUGCUCUGCUUUCAAUAUGCCGCUUUCUUGCCCGAACAUGCAGAAGAGUUUAGUCAAGCUGCACCAUAUCAUAGACCAAUACGAUCUUGUCUUCAUGGGUUUUUAGAGGCAUGGGGGUCCCUUUAUGAGCUUUCCAUUCAUGUCCUGGCUCAGAUCCAGGCAUCAUUCCAACAAAAUAAUUGAGAGGGAAUAAGAGAGACAUACACGGUACUAGUAACAACCUGCAAUGGGAGAAUCAUUUGGGGUGUACAUGGCCAUUGCCUAGACUUUUUUGUAGCUGCCGAAAAUUACGGUGCCAGUCCUGGCAGCCAUUGGAAAGGAAUGGGUCUCCCGCACCAGAAGUAUAGUAGAGAGAAAUAUUUCUAGGCAUGUAUGCUUGUGUCUGGUAUAUAUGUGAAAUUGUUAGGCAGAUCUCUAUUCCUUAAAUCUGAACACAUCUUUCUCCAAUUAGUAUUGAAAGUGCUAGUAAUUCUGUAGUCUAGUUAUGCAGCUAGCUGAUAUCUUUACUAGCCUGUUAUCCAGCUGAAGAUCUUAAAAUGCUCUAUAAACAUGAAUAAAGUAAGCCUCAAAACAUGCCUGUGAGGAAUAGUAUUUAUGGCAUAGCUCUAAUUUAUAGCUGGAGAAACUGAAGCAGAGGCCCAAAGAUUAACUAGCCCAAGAUCACAUGGUGUGUCAGUGGCAAUGCCAGGAAUAGAACCAGGAUCUCCUGACUCCAAGUCCCAGGCUUUAGCCGUUAAUAGUUCAAGGUUCCUCUCCAUUAUUAAUGGUAGUUGUGCACGUAAAUCCUCGCACAUAGUGAGAAUUGUAUCUUUAGUUCUUAAAAUUAAAAAUUACUGAAGGCCCCAAAAUACCAUAAAUUUUUAAUUUUAAAAUUAAUCCCAUUUCAUUAAAAUCCAUAUGAAUUUAAUCUGUCUGUAAGUGACAUCAUUGUCUUUAAACUGCCCUCUUCUAUGGCUAUCUAAGAAUAGUUAACUUGCAUGUUGCUCUAUUUGAGGUUGUGACGUAAAGAGCUAGAAAAAAAAUUCCAGAUCUAAACAGCAAACUAAAAAAAAAUGUACUGCCACUCCCAAAGGUAUUCUGUUAGUUUCCCCUCCGUUUGUGUGGCACAAAGUAAACAGUUUUUCCAUCCAAGUAACACUCAUUCUCUCGUUAGAAAAAUGAAAUUGUUGAGCUCAGAUUAAGGAGAGAUAGUGGAUUAUUAGACUAACUGCUGGAGAUAGAGUUGAAUUCUGACUUGUACAUAUGUGGAGAUAGGAUGGGACCAGAAAUCCUCUUUGUGACUCAUCAUGAAAAGCACAUGCAGAAUUUGCACAACUCUGCAGAACUGACAGCUGUUAUUCAGAUCACAUCUCUCCAGCUGAUGGUGUCCCCUAAGAUUACUCUGUGUGAUUUGGAAGAAGAAAUGCCUGUGUUUGGCUUUUGUUGGUGGUUUCCCAUCCAAUGACUGACCCUGGGUUGUAAUAUGACUUGAUUACAACACUUGGUGGCUGCGAGCAAAAGAAGCUCAGGAUUUAGAAAAGCAGGGAUGUCGCAGCAGUGCUAUGGCAAUGGUGCUGAACUGUCAUGGCAUGCAAGGCACCUACCUACGUUAGACCCUGCUCAUGUCAUUGUUUCCUGCUCAAUUUCAUUAGUACUAUGAAAGCUUUGUUUUGAUUGAAAUACUACAAUGUAUGUAUUUUAACGAUGUGUUUUAAGGUUUGACAAAGCUGUUAUAAUUAUGUUCCAAAUGGAAUUCUAUGUUUAAAACUGCAGUCAUAGUAGGAUAAAAGCAUUUGAGCUGAUACUAGCUUUUUUGCUAUUGAGAUCCUCUGCGGCUAACUCAUUCUUUUACAGAGUGCAAUUUUCAGUAAAACCCAUUGCUUUUUAAUACUCCUGGAUAUUCCUUUUGAAUAUCUCUGCAUUCUUGUUGGCUCCAGCCAGCUUGUUUUGCUGCAUUUCAUUGAAUUUGCAAUAUUAGUAUUUUAAUUGCCAUUGUGCACUAGCAGAAGCAAGUUAAUAUGUAAUUUGAGUUAAUUUAUAUUAGGAAUAAAUAAAACUGUACUGUAACUUUUUUUUGGUUUUGGAUUCUCCCAGUAGCUUAGUCAACUCAAUAAGAUUCUUUCCUAGAUUUGGUUAUGUAAGCUCUGUGGGUUCGUAUGUUUUUUACUCUCUUACAAACAAAUGUUUCUGCCAUGGGGGUAGGUGAUAUGGUUAGUUGUUGCUGAUCACAGAUAAAAGCAUACAUGGGUUGAAAUCCUUGUUAGCCAGAUAGUAGUCCUGUCUGUCACAAAGAGAAAAGGAAUUAGUUUAUUUUAGUCAUAAAUGGAUAUUUAUUAACCAGUUGCUCAAUUCUCUUCGUGAAAUGUAUGACUUGGUUAAGCAGGACUGAGGAGUUGGCUAACUCAUACUAUGACUGGCUCGUUCACAACUGCAAAUUAAACUAAAAUAUAAAAUAGCUUUUCAGCCUCACCCACAACUUUUUAACGCAAGGGUGACUAACUUUAAUUACUGUACUGUUUUAACUACUGUUUAACUAUAUGUACACACAAACAUAGUGUAAAAACACCAUAACUUGCUGAAUGAAAUUCACCAGCCUCUGAGAACUGUGCUGGGACAGAAUCAUCAUUCCAGUGCACAGGUAUCUAGAGAUACAGCAUGGGCCAGCUACAGAGGCUGGUAGAGUCAGCCCCUCUAUGCCUCCUCUGGGAGGGUUUUUUUGUCACUGGCUUGGAAUAAAUACUUGCCCAGUGGC